GCAGAAAAUGUAUUUACUUUUGUCUUCUAACAAAAGUUAAAACGUAGAAGUAGAAGAUGAUGAAACUGACAAAUAAAUUGAACGAGCAACGAAUGAAUUUUUUACUUGGAAAAAUUAAACUUAAUUGAACAUUUAAAUAUAAGUGAAAAAUAGAAGCAUCAAUACAAUGAAACCAUGAUCAAGUCUUUCCUUUAUUCAAAAUGUGUCUCGUUACAUUAAAAUAACAAGCAAUUUCAAUACAAUUUAUAAACAAUAAUGAAAAUUAGAAUUUCGCACGGAAUAGUAGAAAAAAAAAAUCAUUUAAUCCUCUAAUGCAUCCAUUUUUUAGAGGUCAUAGCUAUUUUUCUAGGAUUAAUUUAGCGUGAAAAUAUUUAAAAAAUAUUCAAAAUGCAAAAAUCGUCGUCGUUUGUUUUGAAAACGCCAUAAACAAUAAUCUUUUCGUGUACUUCUUAUAAACAAAGUUCAAUAAACAACUGAAUGACAUACGCUCGUCAAAUGAUCGGCUAGUGAAAGAGAAGUUUUAGUGGGAUACCUUGAGUAUGAGGGGACUUAUCUUGUUUUCUUUCAGUCAUAAGAAAAUCUAAUUCGAAUAUUCUCUGAAACGCGUCAUAUUUUAGACUAAUGUUUACAAUUAGGCGCAUAUCUUGUUUAUUUCACAAUAUUUUCUUACUGACUGAACUCAUCUCAUUUACAAAAAUCAUCUUGGAUAAACAAAACAACAUCGGCAUUCAAAUUGUUGGUGUAGUUUUCCAGAAAAUGAUAUCAGCCACCUAAAACAGGUAUAAAUAAUUCAGAUUUGUGCGAAGUAGAUUUAUUCAAGUUUUCAGUGUGAAACAGUUUUGUAUUGAAAUAUAAAUUGGAAUUAUUUCGAAAAUGGAAUUCAAAAUUAAGUUUUUCAUUGUGCAUGUAUUACUUUUGACAAUAAAUUCAGUUGAUUUGAUUAAUGGUCAGCGACGAAGUUUUUGUUGUCAAGAAUAUUGCUAUGAUUCGGACAAAGAAAAAACACAAAUUAAUUAUUUUUCAUCGAAGACAUCGUAUUUCAUAGAAAAACGAAAAGAACCUGACUCACAAUUCGUCGUACCAAAUUGUACGCCGGAAAAAAUUUGGUUUUAUGUCAGACAUGGUGCUCGGUUACCAACAACGAGAGAAAUGAACCGUUUCGUAAACUUGGAGGAUUUGAGAGAUAAAAUUAUUGAAAACUAUAAGAAGAAUACACAACCAAAAUAUGGUGCGAUGUGUGAUAGAGACUUGAUUCUAUUGAAAAAAUGGAAAUGGAAUAGAAAUAUUACAACAGAAUAUGAUGAGCAUCUCACUGUACAAGGGUGGAAUGAAGUAAAAUACAUUGCGCAACGAUUCAAAGAGUUAUUUCCAACCAUUUUUAAGACUUCUUAUGACAAAGAAAGAUACUUAUUUCGGUACACAGACACUGAUCGUUCCGAAAGUACUUUUCAAGCAUAUGUUGAUGGUCUCUUUGGCCCAGAGCUUGACACAAAAUCAAUUGAAGUGCCACCAGGAGAGGAAAAUAACAAUUUGAUCAUGCCAUACUAUUCAUGUCCAACUGAUAAAGAAGAAACGCGUGGAAAUCGAUCCGAAUACAGAAAAUACUUGGAAUCAAAAAUAAUGUAUCGUUUGGUGAGUGAUGUGUCUGAACGACUUGGAUUCCAAACUCCGUUGGAACCAGAGGCUGUGUUUGAUAUGUACCACAUGUGCAUAUAUGAUCAAGCAUGGAAUCCUGAGAAAACGAGUGCAUGGUGUUCAGCAUUUACACCAUCACAAAUUUAUCAUUUAGAGUAUCCAGAAGAUCUACGUAAAUAUUACGAAAGUGGUCAUGGUCGUGUUGGGAACAGUCGUUUAUUGUGCUCUCUAAUGAAUGAUAUGUUAACGCAUCUUGAAAGUAAAACCGAACCAAAAGCCAUUGUCUAUCUAACGCAUUCAUCGAGUUUCCUCUUGCUAUUGAGCACGCUCGGUGCGUACAAGGACGCCGAUCCACUGAGAGCCGACAAUUAUUACAGCAUGUCAAAUAGAAAGUGGCGUUUAAGCAAUAUUGCUCCACUUGCAUCCAAUUUAGCCACAGUUAAAUAUAAUUGCCCCAAUGAAAUAGAACAAGAGAAAGUUAUGUUUUUCCUAAACGAAGAACCGAUUGAGUUUGACUGGUGCAAUAUGGGCCUAUGCGAUUGGAAAGAUGUAAAAGAAUACUACAAAAUUUAUACGCAAGUCAACUGUGAUGAAUAUUAUUGUUAUUCGGGCGCAUCAGCUACUGCUAUUAUCACAAAAGUACUUAUCGCUGUGGUGUCCAUGAGUUUUAUCAUUAAAUAUGCAUUCUUCCAUUCAUAAAUCACUAUGAAUUUAAGCUUCAAAACGCUUCUAUUUAUGUAAUUUUUUCUGUUUAUAACGGAUUUUUUCCAGCAAGUUAAGA